UCUCUCUUUUGUCAUUGUUUCUGGAAUGGAGGAGGGAGAUUUGGCGCUGGAGACCGGCCCCUCUCUGAGGCCAAUAUACGCGUUUGGAUUCGAGGCCAUUCCCGGGAAGAACAAGCAAAUGGUGUGCAUCGACGAGCACACCAUCGCCUAUGCUCUCGGCUGCAAUCUCGUCUUCCACAAUUUCCUCGACAAGACAAUGCAUUUCAUCGUCAUGAACAUUGGAGUCCAGAGCAUCGUUUCUCUGACUUCUACACCGAGUGGGAGCCUCGUUGCAGUGUGUGAGAAGAUGAAAAUUGGUCACGGCCAGAUUUCGAUUGUCGACACAAAGAAGCUCAAAGUUGUGCAAACACUCAUCUCCACAAGUCCCGCAGGUGGCUAUUAAUUUCACUCUUGAGCUUGAAGUGUGCGCUCUAUCGAAGAACGAGCAAAAGGCAGUCGCUGUCACAAAGAACGUGAAAGGUUCUGUAAUCUGUUGGGAGCUCGAGCACGGCAAGGUUUUGACGACUAUACCAAUUUUUGUGGAGAUCACGGGAGUGACUGUGAAUCCCCAUGAUAGCGACGAGUUUGCCACUUGUGGGCCUACACAUUUUAGAAUAUGGAGCCUCAAAGGUGGAACUACCAAGAGCUUCGCUGUUCCAGGCCUUAAUCAGGCGCUUACUCUCACGGACCAUGAUUGGCUCCAGGAUGGCGGGCUUGCUGUUUCGACAGUAGAGGAUAUGAUACUGAUAGUACGAGACGGACGCAUAGAGAGUAAACUGGUAGACACAGGGCACACACUGCGUUUAGUGGCCACUCGAAACGGAUUUCUCACGGGAAGGGACGACGGCGCUCUGACUGACUUUAAGGCCCGUGGAAGACCUCCUGUUUAUACAGGAACCGUUCUUACUAGAACUCGUGGUCCGAUUUCCUGUAUUGCGCUACCUCCGAAUGUGGAUGCCCUGGCUUAUGUUCAACAGGAAGGUAUUGUGCUCAAGGUUGACUAUGCCGACUUUGAGUCGGAGGGCCCGAAAGAUCUCAUGGACAUGCAUGUGAUUGACCUUGCGGCUGUUUCUGGAAUGGAUAUUUGCGUUCGUCGCAGAUUGAUUGCAACUUGUAGUAACGAUAAAAUGGUGCGGGUGUGGAGCUACUGUCGACUUUUGUGCGACUUAACUUACGCUUGUCACGAGCAACCAAGCAGCAUAGCCAUCAGCCCCUGGGGUUACGAGCUCGCAGUGGGAAUGGCAUACUCAAGCAUCUUGCUGUUUGGUAUCAUGGCCUCUCGGCUAGAGCCCCGGAGGGAAGUUGCGCUGCAAGGCUGUGGAGCAAUAAAGUACAGUCCAAGUGGUGACAUGGUUGCGGCUUUAUGCGGGCGUGAGAUUGUUAUCUACUCGAGCUUUACGUGGGAAGUGCUUACAGUAUUGAAGGGACAUAUCAAUAAGGUGACGUCGAUUGCGUGGUCCAGUAACUCUGUGCAUCUAGCAUCAGCUGGACUGGACGGUGCCACCUACAGAUGGGCUGUUGACGACUUUAGGCGGCACGAGGAAUGCGUCACGAAGGGAUCGCAGUAUGCCAGUAUACUUUACGACCACAGCCGGUAUUUCCUAUACAGCUGCGGUCCGGGCCUUCCAUUGCGAAUCAUCAGCACCAGUAACAAGCCCCCACCGGAGAUUCUCAACACUUUCCCGAACGAAGUUAUUAUCGGAGUAUGGGAUGGCACAGGGGACGGUGACUGGGCAAACAGGUACAGGGGCUCGAUUUUGUGCGAGCUUCAAGACCAACCAAGCUAUGGCCAACUUGUCGGCUAUUUCCAGAGGCGAAUGGUUUUAGCAGUGACUGUGGAUACGCAAGAGCUGCAUGGUUACGCUUAUCCUUUUGCGAGCAACAAGACUUCUCCUCUUAUGAAGUUUCCACAGCAGUCAGGUCGGAUUGCUGCAAUGUGUGUUGACGAAACGCAUAACAUUGUGUUUAUUCGUUCCACAAAAGGCACUAUAUUUAUUUGUACUUUGGAUGAUGGCAAGAUUUCUGCUGAAAGACCGACUAGUUUGCUUGAUUUCUUCACUGAUCAAAAUGAAGAAGGCGAAAUUGAGAACUGGCUGCUUAUUAGGCGCAGUGAGCUGGAAGAAGCCGGGGAAGAAGCCCAGAACCUGAAAUCAAGCUUGCAAGCUGAGCAAGACGAGUCCCAGUAUAGGCAGCACAGGAUUCGGCAAGAUUGGGCUGCUAAGAUAAAAGAGAAGGAGAAAGAGCAUGCAAAAAGAGAGAGGGAGCUUGUAUUGGAAAUGCAAACUCUAAAGGAGAAACUGGAAGCUGCAGAGAAAAACUUGGAACAUACAACUCAAACGUUCUUGGAAUCCCAAAGCCAGGCAAUGGGAACCUUGUACGAGCAUUUUGAAGAAAAGUUUACCGGAGAAACAGCUAGAGCGGAACACUGGAGAACAAAAGCAGAGCAAGUGAAGGAGAGCUGCGUCAAAGAGAUAGAACACAAAGAGAAGGUGCACUCUACGGAGGUGUUGGGCUUGCAAAGUCAGAUAGACAAAAUAGAAAGCCACUCUCGAACAAGGAUGCAGAAGUUGCAGGAAGACUGUGAGAGAGAGAUCAGGAAAUACAAGACGUAUAUGGACGAAGACCUCUUGAUUAACGACGAGGAGCUGGUGGUCGGGUUUUCACAGAUGAAGCAAGCAAUGCAGGCGCAGCAAAAACACAUUGAUGAUGCAAGAGCACAGAUGUUGUUGGAGAAGAAAGCUGCCACCUCGUAUCAGCUGCAAAUUACGGAACUGUCAACUCUCUGCACGGCACAAGAUUCAAACAUACGGCACCUCGAGAUUGAGAAGGCGAGGCUCGAGAACUUCGCUCUGGAAUUUGACUACAAGAAGCGGAUCCUGGAUAAACUAGUGGAGGAGGCUGAUGAGCACCGAAAGGCGUUGCUGCAUGCGACUAAAGAAAGAGAAACAUUGGCAGUACUGCAGCACUCCAAAAUCCAGCAGCUUGUUGAGCGUGAGAAGCCGCUUGUCGCUGAGCUUUCUCAAUACAAAUCUAAAAUCCAAGAGAUGCAAGCUCGUGAGUCGCUGGAUGUGAAACACAGGCUCGCACAAGAAGAGGCUGCCAGAUUGCUCACGGAGCGGAUACAAGAUCUGGAGCAACGUGUUUUCCGGCUUCUCCAUCAACUCGGGCAGAAAGAGGAGUAUCUAGACGCAUUCAAAGAAGCUUUGUGUGUCAUCGUUCACGACCACGAUCCAGGGGAAUGGCCUCCACUGACGAGAGGUUUGUUCCUGGCCUACGUUAAAGGAUCAGAAAGGGCAGCAGUGGCUGAAGGAUUGGAAUCCAGAUCCCAGAUCAUGAAGCAAAGGCAAAUUCUUGAAGACUUUGUUGUGGUCUUGAAGACCACUAUCGAUCGAACCAAAGACCGCUGCAAGGAGGAGAUGCAGCACUUCGUCAAGGAGAACCUCAACCUCCUGCGGGAUUUCUGCGAGGCCAACCGGAAUAGCAGGCGCAUGGCUUUCAUGGUCCAGAAGUUGCAACAACAAGUUGCGUACUUCAAAGGAAUUGUUUCAAUGCAAAAGAGGUCGCUAGCAAGGGCCCGGCAGAGCUCGUCCAGGCCUUCGACACCGGAAAAGAGACGCUCCAUCAUCACAGCCGAGCCGCGAAGAUCAUCAUCCUUCGUCACGAGCGGGAUCCAGCGUAGGAUAAGAUUGUCCCGCGAGUCGGAUGCGCUGCGGUUACCUGCGAGGCCUCCAACGCCAGUCUCGGAGAUACUCAAGCCUUACUCUCGCUUCUCCAUCGUCCAUGGAGACCAGGAUCACACACGGAGGAUGACAACGUCUCAGAUCGAGAAGCGGAUGAGCAAGCCAUGGGGAUCGACCGAGCCGGAGCGGAAGAGCAAUAGGAUCCAAGUUGAUGAUCUCCUGAGGCAGCUGGAGGAGACUAGAAGUGAGCUCGGGAAGAAGCAGGGAGAGAUCAACGUGCUCCAGGCUGCUCUAGCGGCAAAGCAAAGAUCCAGGCCCGGUACGUCGCUGGGAUUUAACGCUUUGCAAAAGAAGGGUGGUGUUAUUGCUAGAGGGCGUCCGAAGUGACUCUUUGUAACAAUAAUAAUAUUUGUGAAAGAUCAAAAUUACAAACUUGUAGCAUAUCUCAAAGUAAGAUGAAAAAGCUCAGCACACACUUUCACA